UCUUGUUCUGCAACCUGGAGGCGAUCCUGGGUGUCCAUCGCCACUUCCUGACCAUGGUGGAGGACCUGCUGCACCCAGAGCCGCACGCACACCACGAAGUCGGGCGAUGCUUCCUACACUUUAGGGAGCGUUUCCAGAUCUAUGAUGAGUACUGUGGUAACCAUGAGAAGGCCCAGAGGAUGCUGAUGGACAUGAACAAGAUCAGGACCGUACGCACAUGCCUACUGAACUGCAUGUUGCUAGGAGGCCGGAAGAACACAGAGAUCCCAUUGGAGGGCUACCUGGUGGCGCCAAUCCAGAGGAUCUGCAAGUACCCCCUCUUCCUCAGG